AUGGGCGCACUUGGCCGCGGCUUCCAAUGGUCGCUUACUCGCUCAUCCUCCGCCUCGUCAUCUGACGACAAGCUACGCGCCUUCUACGAGGCCUUUGACCCGUCAGCCGAGGUCUCGCCGAGUACCGGCCAUGCCGCCGCGCCGCACUCGCACUCGCACGCCACUGAUCCGCCAGCGCUUUCGCCAGCUGUCUCGGACGUCAUGGGCAAGGUUGUCGAGGCUUCGCUCGGCGAUCCUCCUGCAGAGCUGUGUGAUCUGGACAUGUCCCUGGAAGCAAUGUCGACCGGCGAGGCGGCCGAGCUCGGCGCUGCGCUGGUGGCGCAUGUCACGCCGCCGCCGCCGGUCGACCCGCCGAUGGCCCGGGUUGUGCUCACGCAGGCGGUUACGGUCCUUGAGCAUGCUCUGGAGGACGCGAAUGCAUCGGAUGAUGCAGCGUAUCUGGCCGGGCUUCUUCACGCUGGCGCCCAUCCGGCCGUGGCGGCCAACGCUGGCGAUGUGCCCGGCCUGCGGCCCGGCCGCGGUGCCGCCCUGCUCAAGUCGCUGGCCACGCGCGGGCACCCGUGGGCCCAGUUUGGCCUCGCUCAGCUGCUGCGCGAGGGCAAAGGCGUCAAGGUCAAUCCGGCUGCUGCGCUCGCUCUGCUUGAGCUGGCGGCCAAGGCUGGCGUCGCUCCCGCGCUUCACAACCUCGCCACCAUGCACGCUGCCGGCGAAGGCACACCGGCCGCACCUCAGAGAGCCAAGGAGUUGUGGGAAGAGGCGGUUGAGGCCGGCGACCCACUCGCAGCCUUUGCGCUCUCGCAGGCACUCGAUGCCGAGACCGAGACCAACGACGGGAUCCAUCCGCGGACGCCUGCGCUUCUGCGCGCCGCCGCCGACGCCGGCCUCGCCCGCGCCGCACACAACCUCGGCACGCUGCACUUUAUGGGCAAGGGCGGCGUGCCGCACUCGUUCAAAACUGCGUUCCAGCUGUUCGAGGCAGCAGCCUCGGGUGGCGUCGUCGGUGCCAUGGUCAACGCCGGCCACAUGCUCGCCGAGGGCAAAGGCCUCGGACAUCGCCGCCGCCGCUCUUGCUGA